UGUAUUAUCUAUGUUUAACGCUAUUCAAAUUUUGAUUAAAAUUCAAAUUAAAUAGGUAGAUAAGCAGGAAGGUACCGUAUAAAAAAAAAACGACGCCACCGAAAUGAGUGCUUGUUUUCAAAAAUGUCGUUUAUGCUUAAAACUUGGUGAAUUCUGUUCCAUAUUUGAUCAGGACGAAUCUGUUAAAUUAUCUGAGAUGGUUAUGUCCUUUGCUAAUGUGCAAAUACACGAAGGUGAUGGACUAUCAGACCGCGUAUGUACUUCAUGUAUUGAGAAUUUAAGCACUGCUUACUUGUUUAAGCAACAAUGUGAACGGAUAGAUUACUUGCUAAGGAAGUCUCCAGACGUCAAUAUCAAGUCACCUCCAAAUGCAAAUUAUGAUGAUUUUUUCAACCAAGAGUUCCACAUUCAUACUGAGCUUAAUGAUCUAAAAGAUGACAAUGAAGAUAAUGGUUUCAUUAAUACUAGUUCAGACCAACCACUAACUAAGCAUCAUGAAAUCAGCGAUGAAACAGAUGAUAGUGAUGUUGAUUCUAUAAAAUGCGUUGGGUGCAGUCAGUCAUACAGCACCAAGGGGAUGCACACAUGUAAAACAACCUGCACAAUUGAACAAAACGACUUACAAAGGUCAUGCAGCGAUGAAACGUUAAUAGCUAAUGAUUGCACACAGAACAUGUCUUCAACACCAGUAACACCAACUUCACCUCGAUCUUCAUUUGUGAAUGUUUCUUGUGUACUCUGCACUAAAAAAUAUGAUCAAUAUGAUGAUUAUGUUAUACAUAUCAACGAGUGCACAAUGAAUGUGAAACUUCAACAUUUUGUAUGCCCAAUAUGCCAUGAGAUGUAUACUGAAAAGCUGCUAUAUUUAAAACAUUUAAGGAUAACUCACUUUAUCAACAAUUCUCCAAAAACCAGUAUCACUGAUAAUGGCGAGGACUGUGUUGAUUUCCCUAUAUACAGUAAAGCCAAGCCCAAGUCAGCCCGACGUCAGAUUGGUUGGUCAGUCGAAGAUAUUUAUCAAGAAAUUGAUUUCAAACCUGCUGAGCAGAAAUCGACACCGACCUCAAGUCCAUUGAAGAACUUUUUCUCUAAAUUGGGGAAUGAAACUUUUAGUCGCCAGAGCACCCCAAAAAAGGUUAGUUUUCGGAAACUUGUCGAAAAUGGCAAGGCAAAAGCUUCAAUUCAUUUGCCAUUUCAAAAAUAUAUACAAAAUUAUAAACUAAAAAAGAAAGCAACAGCAUAUAGUCCUAUUAAAGGGAAACUUCAGGUUGCUACUAAAAUUCAGGCUUGCCUACCAGAAAUUGUUUCAGACAGUGAUUACAAUUCACCCAGUGGCGCAUCAGAAGAUUCUUGGAAAUUGAAGCAAAAUUUAAUUUGUGCAUGUGAUAAGAAAGUCUUCAUGUUGUCAGAAUCAAUUAAGGACCGUGAAAGGAUUACCGCCAUGGUAAACGAACUAGGUGGCGUAGUUGCGGAAAACACUAAAAUGGAAAUGUUAGCGACUCACUUUAUAUGUUUGUUACCGAAUGAUACAUUUACUGGCAUGAUGGUUUGUGCUCUCGCUACCGGCAAGUGGCUGCUUAGCAUCAAUUUUAUCUACGACAGCUUUAGAUGCAAGAAGUUCAUGCAGGAAUCUCUCUAUGAAUGGAUGAAACACCCGAAAAUAUUAGAAAUCGAUAGCACAAGCGUGGAGGUUGCAAGAGCCGCUGUCUACUGGCAUUUAGAACUGCAGAAUCUUGAUGCGAGAUUUCCAUUCGAAGGAAAACAAGUUGUUCUUAUCAUGAAGAAGAAGUACAGACAAUAUUACCAAAUGAUAUUCAAAACGCUGAAAGCAAAACCAAUCACUUACGAUCCUAGGACCCCAGGCAGCUGCUGCACGGCAGACUACUGUUUCGUCGAUAUGAACAUCAUUCAGAGGGUGAAGCUUCGUUUUUUCGCUCGGCACAAUGUUCCCGUUUUCCCUUACCAAUAUGUUCUUGUUUAUCUGUUGAAACGAGGUCGCGUUGAAGACGAAUAUAAAUAUCUCCUGCAAGACUGUAAGAAAAUAAUCUCACCGGACACAAUGCAUUUAUUAAACGAUACGUUUUAAGAUUGUGCACAUAAAAAAAGACUUAUCCUUUAAGACAUUAUUAAUUAUAUUUAAAACUUAGUUUAGUAAUACGUUAAUAUCAAAUUUAAGUCCCUUUUUUAGAUAAGAGAAGGGAGGGAAUGAGACGAGAAACAGCAAUAUGUUGAUAAUUUAGGUAAAAUAAAACAUAUUAUAUAAUAAUUAUGAUUUGUCCAUAAAAAUUAGUUGUGUACAAACAAGAUUAAAUAUAAAUUGAGAAUUUAAAUAAUUAAAUUUAAAAAAAAAAAAAACAAUAUUCAAUUCGAUGUUAUGUUCGUCGGAUCGUACGAUCUAAAGUGCCUGUUCACCAUUUAAAUGUUAUGCCCGAUACUUGUACAGUCGUGUGCUUCAGUUUGUAUAAUAGAUAAAAUAUAUUUUGGAAUUGAGAAAUAAAUAACUAUUCAUAAAAAUGUUAUUCGAAUUAAGAAUAUUUGUAUAAUAUGAUAAUUUAUGAAUGUUAUUUGAUUGAUUAUUGUAAUAAUUGUAAUUUCGAAGUCGCUUAUAUAUAUAUAUAUAUAUAUAUAUAUAUAUAAAAGCAAAUUGUUAAAUAUCGGAAACAGGGGUGUGUUGAAAAUACGUACGUACAAGAUUACAUAGGGAGUUUCUUAAAAUCAUAUGUUAUUAGAUAAGACACGAAUGGAUCAGGAAUAGCUUGUGUUCAAUUAGUACUCUUUUUAACUAUAAUUUUAUCGUUGAUGCCCUACGCGGCUCUAUUGAAAUAUUACUGCACGCGAUGUUCACCACAUACUUGUUUUUUUGAAUUAACUUGGUGUUAAUUUUAACUACGGAGGUCCUGUCACCACAUCUCCCGCACCGAACGCUACCUCUGUUCACCGGUAGUCUUCUAGAAACGUUUCAAAAUUUAGGAAAUCAUAAAGUUGGACAGAAGAACAUUAAGAAAUCUGAGCCGCAAUAUUAAUGAAAUAAAAAUAUAUAUAUUUUAGAAAUCGGAAUUGUUCUAAUUGCCUUAAUGUUUUUAUUUUAAAGAAAUUGAUUUACGUUUUGUUAAAAAAAAAUUAUAUAAAUAAUAUAACAUAGUAGAUAUACGUGACAGAAGUGAAACUUCUUUGACUAGAGAGAAAGGAACGAGAUCUAUUCUAAUUUUUUUGCGAUUGAAACACAUAUUUUGUUUCCUCUUGGCAUUCAUUGCAUUCGUAAAGUAUGCAAAUUGUAUUAGCUUGCUGCAUUAGAUCAAAUAUUUAGUGUAUUCACAAAUAUAUAAAAAAUACACUACUCAUCAACAUAGAUAUGAGUCGUCUAUUAUCAAAGGUGGCAAUCUGUACAUUUGGACAAAAAUUUUUUAUUGAUAGGUCAAUACAGAUUUAUUUGAAUAUAAUCGUCUCCUUCAAAGAAUACGGUUCAAAACCUGCAUUAAAUAAAGGUUAAUAGUUAACCUGUUAUUUAUCUAAGAUGUCGUUCCGAAGAGUUUUGUGACUGCCAAUAUAAUACAAAGUCAAUAAUUCGUUUUUCUGAUUUACCAAUCAUUGUCCAAAAGUCAGAUUGCCGCCUUUGAUAAUAGUCGACUCAUAUAUACAAGGUGUUGCAAAAGUACCCGUAAAGCCGAAAGGUGGUUAAAUGAGGCCUUAUAAUGAAUCCAGCCACACACAAUAUUUAAGAACCGUAGUAACGCUGUAUAACAUAUCCCAAAAAUAUUAUUAUUUUCGCUGAUGUGCGAACCCUAUUUCAGUAAAAUUAAAAAGUAAACUACCUACAUUUGAAAAAAACUCGAAACAGUAGUAGUAGGUAUAUCGAUUAGAAGAUUUGAAAAUGACAACAUAUAUUUUGUUUUUCCAACUUGACAUUUUUUGAAGCUAGUACUUGAGUAUAAUGACAUCCUUGUAUUGAGGUAGCAAACAUUUAUGAAUGAAAAAUAGAAAAACUAUUAAAGUAGACAAUUAUUAAGUAAAAUAGGUACGUAGGCCUUUCUGAUAAAUAAUCUUGUUCCCUGACAUGACAGCUUACUAGGGUUGACAAAAAUUUUGGCUUUGAUAAUUAAUUAUAUUUUGACGGGUAUUUUGUAACACAUUGUAUUUGUAUUGAAGCAAUAAGACAACCUAAGAGUCAUUCCCCGAUCAUGAAAAACCGAAAAUUUUACGGAAUUUUUGCUAUUUUAGUUACACAUGCCUUAUUUGCAAAUAGAUAGAUCCUUUAGGUACCAACCGAUUUUUACUAAAUAAAUAAUACACGAAGUGCAGUUCCGCUACGAGAAUUCCUUAUCAAGUUACUAAAAAAUUGAACGUUUGUGAUAUUACAAAAAUCAUGCCCACAGACUUUAGCUAUUGCAAAUUUUAAUAAUUGUUAUCAUGUACAUAUACGAUUGUGUGUAUUAAAUUCUCUUGCAUGUCGACAUCGGUGGACAUUUGAUUUCCUGCUUCUCGAUUUUAACUGUAAGAAAGAAAAAAAAAGUGUUGGUAUUGUGCUGACUACCGUCUAAUUAACUAAAAAAAAAUAUGACAGCUACAUAAGUUUCUUAACACAAAGAACUAACAGUAUCUUGGGGUCUGGCAAUUGUUUGUUUGUUUGACUUGGAUUUUCAUCUUUAGGAUAAGAUGAGCCCAGUCUAGUUCUCUAUGACUUUGCGUAGAAUCAACUACAUGCUCUUUAGCGAUUAUUAGGAUUAUACAUAUGUCCAAUGUUAUAAAAUAGCUAAAGCUCUCCAGAUUAUAUUGUCAAACGAAAUAUGUACUACCUCUCAAUAAAAACUAGCUAAUUGUGUAGGCAUUGUUGACACUAGUGUUAGUGUUUAUAGAAAAACGAAGACUUGGUAGAGAAUGUAAUUAUUAAAUAGCACUUUUAUUUAAAAAAUAUGGUCGACAAAGACUUGAGCGUUGUUGUUGAAAUCAUUUUUCGUUGACAUUCUUUAGUUACGUCCUCAAGGAUUUUACUGUAAUGCUAAAGCGAUUUACCAUAAAAGUAAAAUACUUUAUGACUUGCUUGUCUAUGAAUAGAGUUUGUUUUUGUUGAUCGGCUAUAUUUAUCAUUAACAACAUUAUGUAAUUUAAUUUUAAUAAAAAAUGGACAUAGUGAAAAUUAUAAAUAAAUUCUUAGUAUCAAAAA